CCUGAUCAGAUUGAACAGAGUCUGGAUGAAACCGUGGACCGGAUCAUCUUUGAGUACGGAGGACACAACAGUUCGGACACCCUGAUGGACAAAAUACAGAGCUACGAGAGCUGCUGUGGCACGACGGGUCCUUCUGAUUGGCUUAAGAACUCCUACAUCCAGAGUCUGAACCUGACCAAUCCGGACGUACUUCCUUGUUCCUGUUUCAGGUCCCGUCGUCCCGCCGUCCACUCGUCCUGGUGCUCCGAGCUGCCGGACUUUACCGCGCCGAUGUACGGGUGGGGCAACGGGUCACAUGACCAGGGCUGCAAACAGAAGGUCACUGAUUGGCUGCAGGAAAACAUUCUGACAGUCGUCGGCAUGGACGUCGCUCUCAUGUUGAUCCAGGUGGUCCAGUUCGUCUUCACCGUGUCUUUGUACCGAGCGCUCGGACGGAGAGCCGGCAUCAAAACGACCGACCGUCUGAGCGACCCUGAAGGCGACCCGGACUACGGGGAGCAGAACUACGCCUACGUGGAGCCCGACGAUGGUUACGUAGACGCCGCCCACCACCCGGCACAUAACCACGACUACAGCAGACUAGACCCCGCCCACCUCGCUUAUCACCAUGACAACCAGGACUACGACUGAACGCACCGACAGGCUUCACGUUAAAUGUUAAAGAUCAAUAAUGUAAUAAAAUCUGUAGCUGCUGAAGAAAACUGAAGUAUUUACUUCAGAAAAUAUGAUA